AUGGCAUCGAUUUCACCUUUAGCGCGCACAUCUCAGCAAGUUAUUCCAAAUCAGCAAAUCCCGGGUAAAGUGUUUUUAUCUGAAGAUGGUCUCGAUCAGCCGUGCGAUAUUAUUACUUUGGUGGUCAACGAUUGCGCGUUAAAAGCUCACAGAAACGUUCUUGCAGAAGCAAGUCCUUUCUUCGAAAAGCUGCUUGAUAGCGAUAUGAAGGAGUCGAAUGAAGGAGUAGUUCGGCUGGAGAUGUUCACCGAGUCUGUUAUGAGAAAAACAUUGGGGUUCAUUUACACCGGUAAUGUUCAGAUAUUGAAUGAAGAUGAUGCCAGUGACAUGGUUGUCAUAGCUGAUUAUUUGUUUCUUCUGAACCUGAAGACCCUGGCAGCGCAAGCUCUGCAGCAGAAAUUGAAUGCCUCAAAUUCUAUUUCCAUUUUCCGUUUUGCUUACGAAUAUCGCUGCGAGGAACUUGUAUCCAAGGCCAAAAAUUUCCUCCUCGCAAAUUUUACCGAGUUAUUCGCCGCAAACCGUGAAGAUGUUCUGGAAAUGUCAAGCGAGGAACUUAUCAUGUUGAUUUCAAGUGAUGAGCUACCUGUUAAGAUGGAGAAAGAUGUAUUUGAUAUCAUUUUAGCCUGGAUCAAUCACGACAGAAACAUGCGGAAGAAUUGUUUCACUGAGUUAUUUCGUCACGUUCGUCUGGUUUGCAUAUCGCGUGACUCUCUUUGCAGUGAUAUCGUGACAAAUGAUUUGGUAACAGACAAUGAAUGCUGUCUGGAACUUGUUAAAGAAGCUAUUGAACUAAUUGACUCCACAAAAGUUUUAAAAAGUGUUAAUUGCAAACCAAGGAAGUCUCUAGAGGCUUCUGCAAUUGUCGCCGACAUAGGAUACCAGCUAAUGAUAUAUUUUCCGAGAGAAGAUCGGUGGUAUAAAAAGAGGCCUUUGCUAGGUGGCGAUGGUGUUCUCUUUUGUCAUGAUAAAAUAUACUACACAAGGCGAAAGAAAGUGGGAGAGAUGUAUAUUAUGGGAUCAUCCGAAAGAAUACCUAUUCGUUUCGGGAGUCCUGUAGCCUUCAUAUCAACUGUUACAUUCCACACUCUGAAACUUGGAAGUCGUUACCGUCAUUAAAUGGUGGACUUUUGAGGGAAAUCUUCGUUUAUAUGAUGAAACGUAUGCUGUGAGAUCUCCAUGCCUGAGAAGUGGCAUCAUCGUCACAAAAUACAACACAGAAUCCAAUAUCAUGGGAGUACAUAUCAUCACCCGAGUUUUUGGUUAACAGAGAGCAUUAUUGCAUUGUGACCCACGACAACUUCAUUUAUUUCAUUGGUGGAACAGAGUGGUCUAGGAACACACCUGGCGGAGAGAGGCUUUUACGUGAUGUUGACAGGUACGACCUACGCAGAAACCAAUGGGAUAAACUAGCAGAGAUUCAAGUGGCGAGAGAAGGCAGUGGUCACGGAGCAGCGGCAAAUGGCAAAAUAUUCAUUGCUGGAAAGGUUCAUCAUCGAAUGGAGCCAGAUGAUCGCCUGUGUGAAAUGUACAAUGAAACAACAAAUGAAUGGCAGUUUAUCAAAAGCUUCAACAUAGAACCGGAAAAAUUUGGAGGCUUGGUUGUCGUUGAUGAGAAACUGUAUGCUCUGGGCGAAAUUCGAUCAUGGUAUCGCGACCUUAGAGGAGAAAGGUCGGGACGAUUAAAGGUCGAAUGUUAUAACGCGGAGAGCGAUGAAUGGAAAUUGAAAACUGAAGUUGCAGUUGGACUCCAUCGUUUUCAAUCUGCAAAUUACGGUACAAUGAAAUUGUUCCCAGGGUUUCUUAGU